UUAACAACAAUUUGAGCACGCCUGUAGAAAUUGAGGAAAAUUCAACAAACAAUUUGCUAUGUUUGGUAGAAGGUAACCCCGCCCCGCAUAUGUUCAUUGCAAAGGACGGUAAAACAAUACUAGAAAGACCUGAAGUAAAUCAACUUACACAUGUUAUGAAGGCUGAAUGUUCUGACACGGGAGUCUAUAAUUGCUCAGGAUACAACCAGUAUGGGACGGCGGAUAACGCUUCGGUCCGUUUGUUUGUUAAAUGCUCAGCAAGGCAACCACCAGGAGUUGAUGUGAAACUUAAUUACAUCGCCCGUCAACAUGCAAAUGUGACACUGUCGUUUACAAUAGUUGCUUACCCAGUACCAGAACCUUCAGAUUUUGUAUGGAAAAUGUGCAACAAUGAAAGUGAGGGUUUUUGUAAACCCUUGGAAGAUAACAUACAUAGAUUUGAUAUUAAGACUGAGAGCCUUUCCAGCUCUUUAACAAUACGCAACGUCACAACAGAGGAUUAUGGAAUAUACCAAUUUUCUGUGUCUAACAACAUUGGAACACGAUUAAUCGAGUGGUUGCACCUUAAACCUAUAGGAAAGCCAAAUUUGCCUACUGAUUUCCAUGUAAUCCAAGAGGAAAUAAGGGAAACAAGUGUUGUUUUGACCUGGGUUCCUGGGUUUGACAACGGGUCGCCUCAAACAUUUUACAUCACUUAUGGAAAAAAGAGAGAUUCGUCAAAGAGGAUCACAAAAUCUAUAAAACACAAAAAUGAAGCAGAGAUGAAUUACACGUUAAGAAAUUUAGAAACAGAAACGGAAUACAUCGCUUCAAUUAACGCCUCCAACGAAAGCGGAUAUUCUCAAGCAAUUAACGACACGUUCAUAACAAUGAAACAUAUUACUGGCGAACAGAAAAGUCUACCGGUUGCAUUAAUUGGCGGAGUCGUCGGUGGUGGAGUUGUUGCAGUUUUAGUUCUUAUUGGAGUGAUCUUCAUUGUGAACAAGUUCAGAACAUCAGGCUACGCCAAAAACAGAGAAAAAAUAAGAGAUGACCGAGAAAUGAGCCAACUUUCCAGUCCACAACAGGACGAUGAUGAUCUUUCAGACGUUGUGGAAAAUGAGAUGUAUGUACCUGCUGGAGAUAUGCCUCAACGGAAAGGCAAUGAAAGCCGAAGCGAUAAAAACAUGGCAAAGGCUGUUGAGGAACUUUAUGCUCAACCCCAAAAAACAACAACAUUGCAGUCAUUGAACUCAGAUAUUUAUGCAGAGGUUAAGAAAGACAAAGGAAAAGGAAUAACAAAAACCGGUCACAAGAAGCAGUACGAUAACAAGAGUUUUGAGGAUGACACGAAUGAGAAUCACGACUUUCCCGAUACGAAGAAAAAUGAGAACAAAGGCGGGUUGAUAUACGCAGAUGUACAUUUGGCGAACACUCCAAAAGGUAGGAAACGUCUCGUCGUUCAUGGUCUCGAUGACAAAACCGAAUACGCAGAAGUUGAUCUUACGAAAAAGGUGGAUCCCUUACCGAAGAGCGAAGAAGGAAAGUCAGACUAGAAAGAGAACAAUUAAUAUACCCUGAACAUUUUAAAUUACAAAACCUGAUUUGCCAACUUAUUUUUACACCUAAAUCUUUUUCAUUACUAAUUUGAGCUUAAGAAGGUGGCUCUGUAUGAAAUUAAAACCUAGACCCAAAACAACAAAAUAUUUUGUCCGUACAAAAUGUAAGACAUUGUUUAUGCGUUCCAAAUUAUGUACAUUUAAGUUUCAAUUUCAUGACAAGAGUAUGUCAAUACCCUGACGUUGACAGCUUUUUAAAGCUUCGACUGAACCAUUUCAACAUACCUAUUUGGUUUUCUUAAUAUGUUUAAUUCAAUCGUCAUUUGAAACAUAUUGGUUCUUUUAGCAUGAAAAAUGUUUUUGUUUAAUAUGUCAUGUCAUCCAUUCAGCCAUGGGUGAUAUUUUGUACGUGCUAGAUUUAUAAAAGAAUACGUUGUUUUCUGUUUAAAUUUUAGUGCUAAUGUAAUUUUAUACACAUGUAAAGGUGUAUUAUGUUUGGCGCAUUUAUAUAGCAAAAUAGUACCUUAUAUUACUUUAGCAUUAAAUGUAUGCUUUUAAUUAUUUUUUAACAUGAACAUUGCUGUCGUUUCCUUUAUGAGUUUUGGUCAGAUAUCCUGUUUUUAACAUUACAUUUCUUAAAUAUAGUUUGCUGUAUAGAUAUUAACUUUCUUGUUGAUUAAUCAAAAUUAACGAACCCUUCUGUAUGUCGUUUUGAAUGAGUAUUUAAUUGACGUAAAAGAUGACUUAAUGAAUUUUUCGUCUGCAAUUUUCAAGAAACAGCCAAUUAAAUGAUAUGUUUUCUUAAUAUAAAGCAUUGAAGAUAAAAGCGUAUGUCACUUGUGGCUUCGCUUCUCGUUAAAAUAUAUUUGUUUUUAAUAAAGAGUAAAAUACAUAUAAAUCAAACGAAUGUUAACAAAGUUCCUAAAUGCUAUUGUUGUUGUUUUUGUUGUAUCUUAUAGUGUAUUUCAUUCUUUCCUUGUUUCCAUCGAAGUAGUUUUAUCAGACAUUUCUGAAGCGUUUAUCUUUGAUAACUACAUGAACAUGUACCUAUGAAAUACAGUUUAACAUAUUAUAUCAAAAGAAUUAAAUGUAUGAACAAAAAAUCAUAGAAUCUAGUAUUCAAAUACUGCUAAUUUGAUAAGAAAAAUAGCUUUGACGUGGAAAGUAUAGAUAUAUAUAUAGUUGCAACAUGCAGUUUUACGAUUUUCACGGCAUCCCUAUGAAUAAGUUUAGAGCGAUCACAAAACUAUCAAAUGAUAAAGCGAUCAAUUGCUAACAUGUAUGAAACCUGAAUUUGAUAGGAAUGCUAUUUUGCGUGAGAGGAUUAUUUAAGAACGUUAAGAGUAUGCUGCCCUGUCCUAAAAACUGUUUUAUGUUUCAGAAAAUAAAUGAUUAAUAUUUCGAAAACAAUGACAUUCAUUAUUGUGUUUUAGUGUCAUAAUGCUUUGUCUACAUAUGGCGAAUAUAGAAUUGCAAAUAUCACUAGGUCGGUUGCUCGGAUCGUUUGUUUGUUUUUAACCCUAUAAGAUUGAGAGCUAGUUUAAGUAUUUUAUUUGAACAUUGUCAGACUCGUUGAAGUACAAUUAACUUAUAUCACCAAGAACAUUAUUAACAAGAGAAAUAGAAUCGCAAUCCUAUUUAAAAAUAAUAAUUAACCAGUCACAAGCAUGUUUUGUUAAAACAAUGGAGUAUAUGAUUGUUUUCAACGCAUUUGAUAUUAUUGACAAUUUUGAAAGUACCUUGCAUGGAGACCGACCACAAGCCAAACUCAAAUGUUGUAAAAAAAAUGCAUGCGUUUAGCAAUUUUUAGCAUUGUACUUGAGUAAAGUUUUAAAGUGAUACAAAUGAGUAAGGACCCGUUGUCCAGUUUGCUUAUUUCGUAAAACGAUUUAUUUCAGCAUUCAUUCAUUUAGGCUUUAUUGACUUUGUGGACUGCUUCUCCGAUGGGUUUUUUGUUGAUGU